GGAUUACUGAUUACUGAGGGAGAUAUGACAGCUGUCAAAGGUCAGUGUGUGAAACGACUGAGAGAAUAUUCAACAGCACAAUCAGUCAGACCUCUUCAUCUGCAGGACGAACCAGGAACUGAACACAUCGAAACACACGAUACACUUCCUGUUGGUAUCUGAUUGUGAGUGGCCAUGCUGGGAAGAACAGGAACGUUCCGAGGACAUUGCAGGUUUGAGCUCCAGCAGUGCCGCCCCCUCUCCUCCCCUCCACCUCCUCCUCUGCCUGAGCUCUCCAGACUCCAUUACCCAGCAAGCAGUGGGAGCAGGAAGUAUAGGACGGGUUGGGAGGCGGGACCGAUGAGCUCGGCCCAGAUCAACAGCAUCCUAAAGGCCAACGAAUACAGUCACAACCUCCCCAGAGGCCCUGCCUCCCAUGGUGUCUUGGGUUUCCAUAGCAACAUGUUGCCGUCCAACCUCCCUGGUGAGGAUCGGCGGAGCAGCGCCACCUGCUUGCCAGGCUGCGGCGGUGUGCAGUUUGGUGUGUUUGAUGGCCAUGCAGGGGCGGCAUGCGCUCACGCCGUCAGCCAAAGGCUCUUCUAUUACAUUGCCGUGGCAAUGCUCCCACUACAGACGCUGGCGGAGCUGGAGCGGGCUGUGCAGGAGGACCGGGCCGUACCACCACUGCUGGAGUGGCAUAAACACCCUCAAGACCACAGCUGCCCUGACGGAGGAGCGAUCUCCUUCCACAGCCUCCGAAACUACUGGCAGGAGAGGCUGGAGGACGGAGAUGAGGAGGACGAGGACAGCGGCAGGGUGACAUCAGCGCUGGUCAAUGCCUUCUGUCGCCUUGACUACGAUCUUUCUGUGGAGGCCCAGGUCCACCUGUCCAUGUCCUCACCUAGGCGGUUGUCUCUCCGUGGGGAGGCGUUCUCUGUGUCCUCACCCCUCCGGGUGGCACUGUCCGGCUGCACCGCCUGCGUCGCACACGUCUCUAAAGGCGUCCUGCAUGUGGCUAACCUGGGUGACAGCCGGGCCGUCCUGGGUGUCCAGGAGCCAGACAGCAGCUGGUCAGCACUAAGCCUCACCAACGAUCACAAUGCCCAGAACCCUGACGAGCUGCAAAGGAUUCUGGGUGAACAUCCACUAUCAGAGCAGAGGACGGUGGUCCGCCAUGACCGCCUGCUGGGUCUGCUGCUGCCCUUCAGGGCGUUCGGUGAUGUCCGCUUCAAAUGGAGCGCAGAGAUGCUGAGUCGAGUCUACGAGACACGACCAGACAUCCUGUCUGCAGUCAGCGAGGCAGUUCGGGUGCUGCCUCCAUACUACCUGACCCCGCCCUACCUGAGCGCCCAGCCAGAGGUCACCCGACACCGCAUCAGACCCGCUGACAAGUUCCUGGUCCUGGCCACAGAUGGACUGUGGGAGCUAAUGCACCGACAGACGGUGGUCCAGCUGGUGGGCCAACAGGUGACAGGCCUUCAGCAGCAGAGACCCUUCAUUCCUGCUGCAGGUGUGACACUGAGCAGUCUGCAGCGCCUCCUGCUGGAGAGGAGGGGCCGGGCUCUGUCGGUUCUGGAGGACCAGAAUGCCGCCACUCACUUGCUCCGCCACGCCCUUGGGGAUGAUGGGUACGGAGCGGUGGCACCAAACCGCCUAGCAAGGAUGCUGAGCCUGCCAGUAGAGCUGGCCAGGAGGUACCGCGAUGACAUCACCAUCACCGUCAUCCACCUUAACGAGCCCGACCUUUGAACAGAGCACCUGCAGGGGCUCACCUGAUCUGCUGACACAUCAUUAACUUGUGUUCUCACUCUGAACUCUGUCACAUGUUCCUCUCGGCUUCUGUUGCCCUUCAAUGUUUGAUUUGAAUAAAAACAAACUUGGUUCAA